AUGGGCAAGAAGAGAGUACUGGUUGGCUACGGCAUUGACGUUGACGCUGUCGCGAACUGGAUCAAUACCUGUGAUGGCUCGAAGCAAACUCCUACCAACGUGUCUCGUGGUAUUUAUGGAGCGACGGUCGGCAUCGAUCGAUUGCUGAAGAUGUACGACAAGUAUGGAAUCAAAGCAACUUGGUUCGUGCCUGGCCACAGCAUCGAGUCUUUCCCCAAGCAAUUAGGCAAGGUGCGAGACGGCGGACAUGAAAUUGGUCUCCACGGAUACACUCACGAGUGUAUCGCCGAUCUCUCUGCGCAACAGCAGCGAGAUGUCCUGGUGCGCUCCAUCGAUUGCAUAACCAAAUUCUGCGGCAAAAAACCCGCCGGAUACACCGCGCCUCUCUGGGCGACGUCCAAGGAGUUGAUCGGGCAAUUGCAGGAAAUGGGGAUCGUGUACGAUCACUCGUUUAUGCAUCACGAUUUGCAACCGUACUAUGCUCCCGACAACACCGAGACUUGGAUUGAGACGAACAUCAAAAACUCGGCGGAUUCGUGGAUGUAUCCCAUGAGCACCAUCAAGCCGUCCAAAGUCGUUGAAAUACCAGCAAACUGGCACUUGGACGAUUGGCCCCCGCUGCAGCCUAUCCCGGAUAAAUCCUGGGCACAAGGAUACGUGGACACCCACGUAGUCGAGAGGCUGUGGAAAGAACAGUUUGACUUUGCUUACCGCGAAUACGACACCUUCAUCUUUCCCAUGAGCAUCCACCCGCAAGUGAGUGGGAAGCCACAGGUGAUCUUGAUGCAUGAGCGACUGAUCGAGUACAUCAACAAGCACGAAGGUGUGGAGUGGAUGACGAUGAACCAGAUGGCCGACGAAUUUUCGAGUGGCCGUUUCCCUGGUGUUGUGGUCGAAGGAGGUGUGGAUUUGAAGUAG